GGGUCGAAGACGGGCCGACGGGGACUCACAUAAAAGUCGGGAUCGGGGAUGGAGAAUAUAGUAUGGUUACCGCCCCGUUACGAUUCCUAAAUGCGGCUCUUGAAGGCGGCAGUACUCUCUGAAACCGCGAAACAAUUAAAACCGUCGACUGAUUUGUCUUUCUGUCAGUGACAAGCCAAUCAUGGCAAAUCUUCGCAUUCUCUCUGCAGACUAGUCUUUGAGUCUUUCUAAUGAGGCAUUGCCAUCUUCCGAGGAGCAGAGAAUCAUCAGGACUGCAUAUUACCAUGCCCUUCUCUUUGGGUUUCUCUUAUUUCUUCCCUUAAGUUCCUGCGGUUUACUCGUUGCUUUGAGUUUCCUUGGCUGGAUUGUGGGGGUUGUUGAAGGAAGGAGAUACUCAGAAAUGGCAAAGAGCCUCGAAGGCUUUCAACCCAUGUUCGGGAAACCGAAAGCAGAGUGGGAGGUCCCAAGUUCUCUCCCUUUGCUUCCUUUCAUGUUCCAUGUCCACGCCUUGGACUCGUUUCACCUCAGAGUUCAUGUGACGGAUUUCCAAUCUUGUACUUGGGCGGCCACUCGGUCCAUUGAACAGCUCGAAGACUUGAGGGAUGAUAUUGGUAUUGGUGGUUCUUGGUCUGACUUUAUUGAUUAUCUCAUAGCGUCCGUGAGAUCUGAAAAUGUCAAACUUGUUUUGAGUCGUCCAUCGAAAUCAUCUGGUGGCACUGGCCCAAUGUUUGCAAAGCUAAUAGCUCACAAAUCCAAAGGAAUGCCUCUCAUUUCCAUUGCUCUUGACAGAAUCAUGGACUCAACUGCCAAUGAUGCCAUGGCAAAUCUAUCUUUGGAGUUAUUUAAAGCAUAUGAAACCAAGCAUAAUUUAGUUGUAAAAGAACAAGAGCGCACUUGCUGGUUGACACAAAUUCUGUCUGCUGAAAAGGAGAAAAAUGAAAGCCUUCAGCACCAACUUGAUACACUCUUGUUUUCAAAGAGAAAGAAGUUGCAGAAGUCGAAUGUAUCAGAUAAAGCACUUCCUGUUUCUGCUCUCAGUAACUCAGAUGUGGUGUCAGUUUCUGAAACACAUAAUUCGCCAGAGAAGCCGCCUGUCCAAGAUCUUCUAUCCACAAAAGUUGGUCAACGGGUUGUCCCUGCAUAUCGCAGGGCAAAAGUAAGAGGAGUCUUCCUGCAGGAUACUGAGGGCAGUGAAGAUAACUGAAAGGUGGAAAUAGAAUACAGAACAUUCUUUUUUGUUUCAGCUACAUCUUACUCAAGAAGUUUCUGGUCAAAAGAACCUUGAUUUUCAUUUGCUACAUGAUGAAAAAACAAGUCCAGCAAAAAGGAAAUGGUGCUGUAGGCUCCGUCACACAUAGGCUUAUAGCUAACACAACAGAUGAUGGUAUAGAUAAAAUUAGUGGGGAUUUGCUAAUGCAGUUUCCAUUGGACUUCCCCACCUGCCCAUUGUAAAUGAAGUCACCAAAUAGCUUGAACCAUCAUUUUUUUUUUUUAUAAACUUACAUGAUUACAAGACUAAUGUGUUUAUGUAGAGUGGAGACAGGUAUAGAUGUUAUUUAAACUUGAUGAAUGUGACUAUUGAGUUGGAGAACUACUAGAACUGACAGCUGGCCAGCUGCAUAUGAUGGUCCUGUUUGGAUGGAGCUUGAUCAAAUUUUAAAUCUUUACCAGAGUUUAAAGAAGAGGUAAUUCAUUACUA